GACAAACAAAUUUGUAGAGUAUCGAGAGUAUCCAAAUCAUUCAAAUUGAAAACAUUUUUAGUUGUCCUGAAUGAAAAUAGAAUAACUUUGAGAUGAAGGUAAGAAUAUCACUAUCAGUACUGUCUGUCAUAUUUUUUGUUUUAUAUCUUCUGCUUACAAUGUUAAUGGCUAGCAAAUAUUUAGUGUCUGAAGCAAAAAAGGAUAAUUGUGGACAGUCUUCACCUUCAAGCUGCACCCCAGAUCCGAGAAAACAAAAAGCUGAAGAGGUGUUACCAACAUCAGUGGUUCAACCCUCAGAAGCUGGUUACAAUCCAUCAGAAGAUGAGAUCAAGCACAUUGAGAUAUGGAGCAAGGCGGCCAUUGGGUGGUACUUCUGGAAUAGCAUAUUCAAUGCCAGACUGCAGGAGAAACCUGGCGAGCCGUGGAGCGUGGGCUCGCGCCGUUUCUACAAGUACACCUUCACAUUCCGGCAUGGUCCCGGCGUGGUGCCCAACACAGUGCCGGCCGAUGUCCGGUACCUGGUGCUCAUACUCAACGGACGCACCGAUGAAAAGGUUCGGGUGGCGCGCCAGUGGCUGGACCUGCUGCCCCGCCUGGUGCUUCUGCAGCACACGGCCGUCGUGCUGCACGGCAGUGAGUUCUGUAACAACACCUGGAUCCGGCCGUACCUGCGCGCCCACGGCGGCCGCGUCGACGCGCUGUUCGUCGUGUACGAUGACCCGGACGUGAAUGGCGAGGACGUCUUCCAGUGGCCGCUCGGUGUUGCCACGUACCGAGGUUUCCCGCAGGGCCCUUACACGAUAGACGUCAAGUCGCCACGGCCGCACCGCUGCAACUUCUUCGGCACCGUGUACGCCAACUCGUCACGGGAGACGCUGCUGAAGAGCCUGCUGUCCGUGCCCGACCACAGCUGCCUGCUCAAGACGCGGCAACAGUGGACAGAGUCUGAGACGCACCAGUCCGCCUCCGAGUACGUGGACGCCCUGCUGCAGUCAGACCUCACCCUCAGUCCGGCCGGCAUCAACCCGGAGUGUUACCGGCAGUACGAGGCGGCGGCGCUCGGCUCCGUGCCGGUGAUGGUCGCGGACGAGCCGCCAGUGGGCCGGUGUAGGCCGGGCCCGGGCCUGCUGCGCCGCCACGGCGCCCCGUUCCUCUGGCUGCGAGACUGGCGUCAUCUGCCAGAGCUGCUGCGGCGAGAGGCGGCGCUGACUGCGCGCCAGCGCGCCGCCCGUCGCCGCCGCCUCCUCGCCUGGUAUGAGGACUUCAAACGGCGAGUUCGAAAUGAGUUCAUCAACGUCAUUGUGCGUAAGUUCUUCCAUGGCGAGGAUGGUAAGGCGUGAUGUGAUCAGAGUCUUAGGGGUUGAAGGGUGUUAUGUGGUUUUUGAAACAAGAGGUGCUUAUAUUGUCUGGAGAAAACGUUACGUGAUAGGAGGGGUGGAAAUAAUGCGUAGCUCAUCGUAGACGGUGCUCAAACUUCUAUAGACUUUAUUAUGUGGCCAGUGAGUGCAUUCUGCUUCGAUGUGGUCUCAUCCAAAUGAAGCCGGUGCAUUGUUUUGUCAUUGUUCCCUGCAAGUUGUUUAUGUGUAAGGAACCGAUUGUGGAUAUUUUCUAUUUGAUCAAUUGUAAUACUAAUGUGAAAUCCACUCAAAAUUACCCUAAUCAUUCUUUGUAUCACCAGACAUACUUUACCAUAAGUAUCGGAACCGUUUAAAUUCGAACUCUUUCACAUUGAUAGUCAAUCUUACCAGUUCAAGCACCGCGCUUGGCUUCUGGGUAACGUUUGCUGAGAUUCGCAUGUGAUACGUCAAAUGACCUGGGUGUUUAGGAUAAACGAGGGUUGUACUGGUGUUGACGUAUGUCGUGCAGUCUGUGCCCUGAUGUGCCCGCACCCAUGUUCUUAAUUGUGAUGAAUAAUUUUAUGGGACAGGGAAAAUAGUCAAGUGUAAGCCCGGUGGGUAACCUUAUUAUGGGUUUCGGUAAUAUUUAGUGAUAACGGGUAGAUAUUGUGUCAGCGACUCAUCAGGCAUUAAGAUAGGCUGCGGUAAUGUACUCAUCACUUACCAUCACCAUAUGUUUUGAAAAUGCUGGUGGAUUUGCGAUCGGCUCAAGUCUUGUGUCCCCAUCAACCCCAUUGAUUCCCUGGAUACCCUCGGGGGAACUGUGAUAAUAUGAGGCCAACGUUUUUACUCCCAGUCAUUUGCUGUGUGACACGCUUAGCCCUAGUGUCAGCGUUGCGUUAGCGUGACACGUAGCUGAACCGUGGGUUUCAUGUUGACUGUGUAAUGUGUGUUCAAUGCAAACAUGUUGCUUUUUCCCAUGGCGCCGGCGACAACUGUUGAGAUGGAUACCUUGUCACGGUUUGUUGGGAUGCCGAUUUGAUAAAGUUUUCGAUACUGUGACUAGUUAUGUGCUUGAACUGGUUUUUGCUCGAAAAUCGUGAAUGCGCUUCAUUUUGUGACGAUGUUUCAAUGGGGGCAAUAUUCUGUAGUGUGGAGACAUUUGAACCAUCGGCUUGGCACUAGUCAAUGUUUUACGCGGGACGUGAACUUACUGCAACAUUCCCCAUUUAGGUGUUGUAAUAUUUACCAUGACAUGUGCCUUUUAUGGUAACUGUGAGUAACGUAUGGUAACGCAGAGGUUCACGUUGGAUUGAGCAUCGCAUGUUUUAGUGACCCGUGGAAAGCCUUUGGUAAAAUACGUAAUACAAAUUACCGAACCAUGUCA